AAUAACUCUUCAGUACAAAUCUCAUAUAAAUAAAUGAUCAUAAUAAAACAUCGGUAAGAGCUAGUGGGAUUUUUAUGCUCCCAUAUGAUCCCUGCUGUAGACAGUUGCAGCCCUUCGCUUCUAUAAAGCAACCCCAUGGAGAUGGAGUCACCAGCAAGGACUUGGUGACAGAGAUGGAGGCGUUGGGCGGCAUGCAGCACCACUUCCUGUGCCCCAUCUCGCUGCAGCUCAUGCAGGACCCCGUCACGGCACCCACCGGCAUCACCUACGAUCGCCGCGCCAUCGAGCGCUGGCUCGCCGCCGGCCACGCCACCUGCCCCGUCACCGGCCAACCGCUCGCCCUCGCCGACCUCACCCCGAACCACACGCUCCGGAGGCUCAUCCAGUCCUGGCGUCCACAUUCAUCGAUGCCGGCGGCGGGGGCUACGUCUGUGGAGCGAGAGCGGCAGGAUGCCGCCGCCGACGUCGUCAAGAAGCUGUUGUCCCGGGAUUCUCCCCCGUCGGUUGAUGUGCUUCGCGCGGCAGCGGAGGUCACGUCAGAGAGCGACGUGGCGCGGCGGUACAUGGUGGACGCCGGUGUGCUCCAGAGCGUGCUCCGCCUCGUCGUGUCGUGCGCCAAGAUGAAGGGCUGUCCCGGUGAUCAGGGGAGUUUAGAUGUGCCCACGGUCGAGGCAUGCCUGGCUCUCGUCCGCGCCCUCGACAUCUCCGGCGACGAGCUCCUGCCGCUCGUCGCCGACAACCACGUGCACGACCUCGUCGAUGCGGUGACGGACGUGCUCGUAGCCCUCGAGACCGGCCCCGGCGACGUGGCGAGGGCGAGCGCGGUGCAGCUGCUGGAAUCCGUCACGGAGGUGGCCAGCGUGCCGGUCCUGGGGCGGCUGCGGCCAGAGCUCUUCCGCGCCGUCACAGCGGUGGCACGCGACCGGGUGUCCCCUGGCGCGACGCGCGCAGCGCUGCGCGCGCUCCUGCAAGCGUGCCCCGUCGGCCGGAACCGCGCGCUCAUCGUGGAGGCCGGCGCGGCGCACGAGGCCAUCGAGCUGGAGCUCGCCGCGCCAUCGCCCUCCACUGGAUCCGGAGGAAGGCGCGUGACUGAGCUAACGAUGGCGCUGCUGGCGGAGCUGUGCGCGUGCGCGGACGGGCGCGCGGCCGUGGCGGCGCACCCGGCGGGCAUCGCGGUGGUGACCCGGAGGCUGCUGCGCGUGUCCGGGUGCGCCGACGCGUGCGCGGUGCGCGUGCUGGCGGCCGUGGGUGGCAGGGCGGCGUCCCCGGAGACGCUGUGGGAGAUGGUGCGCGUGGGUGUUGUGGGGAAGCUCUGCUGCGUGCUCCAGGCGGACUGCGACGCCGGCGUGAAGGAGGCGGCGAGGGCCGUGCUGAGGCUGCACUCCGCCGUGUGGAGCGGGUCGCCCUGCGUCAGCGCCUACCUGCUCUCUAGGUACCUGUAAUCACUAGGUACUAGUGGUAACUGGGUCUGAAUGCAUGCAUGAUAGAGCAUGCAACAUUCAUGGUGAUUACUAGUUGUAACAAGCUCUUGUAGGUACCUAGAGAGAUUAACUUUGGUUGUUUGCUUUCAGUUCUUGCUGUCUGUAAAUGGUUAUCGAUCUCCAUCCAUCACAGAGAAAUAGAAUUGCGUUCGAACGUACAGUAAUAUAA